CCAUACCAAGCCAGUGGCCACAACUUCACACUUCCUUUUCUUUUAUUGGACAUAGAUCUAUCAUCACUCUUACUAUCUUCCCCACUCCCUAACCUACCUUCUUCUUCUUCUGGUUCUGCUUUCGAUCCAUUUCUCAGCAAUUGUCGUCUUUCUCUGGAUAAUUCAUCCAAUCGAUGGACAUUGAUGUGUCAAAGUUCUUCAACACAUGCCUCCUAUUCGUGGCCACCAUUGUUGUGGCCAAGCUCAUCUCAGCCUUCAUUGUCCCUAAAUCAAGAAAGCGCCUUCCCCCAAUCGUGAAGGGCCUUCCAUUCAUCGGAGGCUUACCCCGAUUCCUCAAAGGUCCAAUCUUUAUGCUCCGUGAAGAGUACCCUAAACUGGGUGGCGUCUUCACCCUCAAGAUGUUCCACAAAAACAUCACCUUUUUGAUCGGUCCCGAAGUUUCUGCUCAUUUCUUCAAGGCCCCAGAAUCUGAACUCAGCCAGCAAGAGGUGUAUCAGUUCAAUGUUCCAACUUUUGGACCCGGUGUUGUCUUUGAUGUUGAUUACUCUGUUCGCCAGGAACAGUUCAGGUUCUUCACUGAGGCCCUUAGGGUUAACAAGCUCAAGAGCUAUGUCGAUCAGAUGGUUACUGAAGCUCAGGACUACUUCUCAAAGUGGGGAGAAAGUGGUGAGGUUGAUUUGAAGUAUGAGCUCGAACAUUUGAUCAUCUUGACAGCUAGUAGGUGUCUCUUGGGACGUGAAGUUCGUGACAAGCUUUUCGACGAUGUGUCUGCAUUGUUCCAUGACCUUGAUAAUGGGAUGCAACCAAUCAGUGUUCUCUUUCCAUACCUUCCCAUCCCAGCUCACCGGCGCCGUGAUCAAGCACGCAAGAAGCUUGCUGAAAUCUUUGCAAGAAUCAUAGCUUCUCGCAAAAGCACUGGUAAAUCGGAGGAUGACAUGCUGCAGUGCUUCAUCGAUUCAAAAUACAAAGAUGGCCGCCCAACAACAGAAGCUGAAGUGACUGGACUGCUCAUUGCUGCUCUUUUCGCAGGGCAGCACACUAGUUCAAUUACCUCCACUUGGACUGGAGCAUAUCUUCUCUCUAACAGCAAGUACCUUUCAGCUGUGGUUGAUGAGCAGAAGAAUUUGAUGGAAAAGCACAGGGAUCGAGUUGAUCAUGAUGUCUUGGCCGAAAUGGAUGUCCUGUAUCGGUGCAUCAAAGAAGCCUUGAGGCUCCACCCUCCAUUGAUUAUGCUCUUGCGAAGCUCACACACCGAUUUCAGCGUCACAACACGAGAGGGGAAAGAAUAUGAUAUUCCUAAGGGUCAUAUAGUUGCCACAUCCCCUGCUUUUGCAAACAGGCUGCCUCACAUUUUCAAAGAUCCCGAUACGUAUGAUCCCGAUCGAUUCACUGUUGGGAGAGAAGAGGACAAGGUGGCAGGGGCUUUCUCAUACAUUUCUUUCGGAGGGGGCAGACAUGGAUGCCUUGGCGAGCCCUUUGCAUAUCUGCAGAUAAAAGCAAUAUGGUCUCACUUGUUAAGGAAUUUCGAGCUGGAGUUGGUGUCACCUUUCCCUGAGAUUGAUUGGAACGCCAUGGUUGUUGGAGUGAAAGGAAAAGUGAUGGUCCGCUACAAGCGGAGGGAGCUUUCUGUUAGUCACUAGGACCAAAAUGUUUUGAGUGUUUUGGCAUGAUUUCUUCUUUAAGCAGUAUUUGUUAGUCUUGCUGGUUCUUCUUCUUCUUCCUCGGCCAAAUUUCACUGUUUUGAGUCUUCAUUUUAACACUCUGUAAUUUGGCAAGUGUUUUUAACUUAUUUGGUUUUAGUGAAUUGUGAAUUUCUGAUA